AUGCCACAUCCCCUCCGUGAGAUUGCUGGUGAUUGUCUGGUGUAUUCUGUUCCCAUUAUUGUCUUCAUUGAUGAUGUCUCUGGCAACAAAUUGAAACAAUGGAACAAACACUUCUCAUGCUACAUGUCAAAUGGUGCUCUGUCUCAUGAGAAACUGAAUCAAGAUUUCCAUGUGCAGUUUGUGGCAACAUCACUGAAUGUGACUCCACUAGAGAUCAUGCAGGGAGUUCACAAGGCUAUUGAAAAAGCAUUUGAUGAGCCUGUUGCAAGCUGGGACUGCCAAUUGAAGGAAGAAGUAUUGUUACAACCUUUUGCACUUUUCUUUGCAGGUGAUAAUACUAUGCAAGUGGAUCUUAGCAGUUCUGCUGGCUUAAAUUCCAAUUAUUUUUGUCAAACAUGCAAAGUUGGCAGAACACACAAACACAAGCACUCUGAAAUUGGGUUUUCACAAAUUUUGCAGGAAGGUGUCUUGUGGAAUAGCAAUGUGACUGCUGAACAUGUCUUUCAGCAACUUAUGAUGGCACUUGAACCAAACAUAGCCAGUGCCCUCAAUGAUGCAGUAACAGGGAGUGGCAUCAAGGAUAUGAUUGCCCAGCCAAUCAUCAAACACCUUGUCAAACUUGGCCAGCAGCUUUGGAAAGGAUCAGUGGAUAGAUUGCCUCUUUCCCCCAGUGAUGCCCUUACCAACUUAACAGAGGAACUGAAGAAGAUCCACACAUCAUCUGGUGGUGCUGUGAUGAAUCCUCUGUUAAAUAUGCCAGAUACACUGACAGAAAUACUACACAUAAUUCUUCUCAGCAUCAUGAAGUAUUAUUGGGCUCAAACAGUCUGGUACCUUGAGAAAGAGAAAAACAUACAGUCAGAGUAUAUGUGUCACUACAAAGGUGCCCUGAGUGGCAAACACUUUAAGACUCUUGUGCAGGUCAUGUCAUUUCUCAUUUUUGAUCUGGCAUGGCUUGUUGCCAGAAGGCUUAUGGUACUUGCUUGGCAAACUGAUAUUGAGGAUCUUGAUGCUUACACAGUAUGA